AAAACUGACAGAAAACUAUCCUAUUAUGUAGAUUUGUAUUUUUACAAAUGUACUUGUGUGGAGAAUACCUACCUUUUCAAAGCAAACUUUGAUCCCCUAAGCAUAUCUCAGGACCUCAAGACCUCAAGACAACCCACUGUUGCAAAGGCCGUAUUUAGGCAUUGGCAGGAAAAAAAGCUGCCAUCUUUCUGCUUCACAUUUCCCAAUUCCCGCCUAGAAACUCCGGUAAGAAUCUCAGGAUUUGCAUCAUUGAAUAUUAUUAUAUUGUACCUGCUCUAUAUUGGUUCUUCUAACUUCUAGACCGUUCACACACAGUAGCUAUUAUAUACUUUGCCUGUUAAGUACAUGAAACACAAUAAAAGAGAAGAAGCCGUUGGGAUCUGUGCUCUCUAAAGGGGAUAAUAUGUUUCACCCGCUUCCUCAAUGUAUGCUUGCAAACUGGCGCAGAACAAGAGUUGCCUGCAUGCAAAUAAAACAUAUUCUCUUCUUCUCCACCAUGUGGGCAUUUCUUAUACUAUUUGUAACAGUGCAUUCCUCCACACAAGGUUCAAGCACAGGAGGACUAGGCCAUGACUAUUUGUCUCAAGCCCAAAACAUGAUUCCAUACAAACAUCUUCUUCAUGGUAAUGGUCCUUCAAGUGCAAAUGUAAUAGCAAGGAGAUUACUAAUUGGUUCAACUGCUCCUGUGUGCACUUACAAUGAAUGCAGAGGGUGUAAAACUCAAUGCAAAGCAGAACAAGUGCCUGUGGAUGCAAAUGAUCCAUUGAACAGUGCUUAUCACUACAGAUGUGUUUGUCACAAAUAGUAACCCCAUAUUAUCCUAUUGUAUUUUAUUGUGUUUUGGGUGGGAUUUAUAUCGUUUCACUUAAUUAGUCACAAACCAGCUGCAUAUUCAGAAACUUGCAGCUGGAUAUUACGGGAUAGAUUAGUGGUUAACGACCUUAUUAUAAUGCCUUUAUGAUAAAUUUUUGUGUAGUAUAGGGAAAAUAUAUUAUGAUAUAUGUUAAAGCAUUUGUUUUGCUCAGAUCUCUGAGUGUAUGUACUGUGGUUCUAUGCAAAUUAUAGUAAGAUUUUGAGGUCA